UAGGGGCUGUGACGUGGGCGAGCCGUUAUUGAUAAAUGCUGGCURGGUGAACGGGAUUUUUUUUAGAUUUAAGGUCUUGCACUCACUGCAUCUCUACAGACGACCAUAGCCGCUGCCAUGGAUAUUGCCUCACCCGAAAUACUCCACGAGAGAAAGAAAAACAAAAAGAAAGCAAAAAGAAGGGGUCCUCGUCUUACAGGAGUCAGUAAACAAAGACGGCUGGCUAACGCACGGGAACGAACAAGGGUGCAUACGUUAAAUGCCAACAUCGACCGCCUCAAAGAUAUCAUUCCCUUAUUCCCAGACGAGAAACCAUCCAAAACAGAAACUAUAAGAAUUGCUGCGCUAUAUAUUUCUCACAUGACAGAGCUAYUGAACACAACAGAAAAGACAGCGCUGGACUUUGACUGCUGUGCAUUUGACGACUUAACCUUCCCCACAUUCAGUUUUGACCCCUUUUCUGAUCCCGGAGAGCUGCUCGACUUUUUCUGGUGCGACCCCAUGCAGAACGAGCUUUGAGAAGCUAUCAAGACAGACUUGUUAUGAAAAAUGCAGGCUAUAAUUACAAUAUGUAUUUAAAUCAAAGGAUUGYAGCAAAAUAUAGGCACUGCGGGCGGUUGCCUUCAAUAGUAUAAACAAAAUAARAUAAUUAAUUUAAAGCCACGACUUAGUUGGCAGAUAUUUCGGCAGAGCUGUUUUUUACAAUGACAUAAGCGGACAGCUUUCAUUUUUCGCAGAAUUGAAAAUCCGUAGGUUUGCGCACUAUCCGUGACCUUCUGUUUUCAAAAUGGUCCGAUUUUGAAAUCUACUGUUUUUAACAAUCAUUAUAAAAGUACAAUAUAUCUGUCUUGCAAUGAGACGUUGAAAUUUAGAUACGUUUUAAUUUGGCUGGAACUCAGUAUUGUAUGAAAAGGUUACGAUUGUAUGAUCUAUAUAUUAAUGUAGCUAGACUACAAGAUAGCGAUAGUUAAGGAAAAUAGUUCGAUAUUACAAUGACAUAUUAUAAUGACAUUCAUGUACAGUCCUUUGGCAUGGAAAACAAUAUUUGUUACGAUAUUUGUGAGUAUUUUUUUAAUGCGCGGACGAGAUAAGAAUGAUUUUAUACUUCUUUGUAAUUUUAUAAAAACGAACCCGCGCUGAAAAAAUGAGGAAAUAAAAGACUUCUAUUGAUUCUA